AUGCUGCGUGUGAGGCUAGGCAAGGAGGCGGACAAGAUCGUGGACAUCAUCGAGGCGAACUAUGCGCAAUCGGAGGCCAACCUUGACGGCACGCCCAGCCCCGUGCCGAUCCACUGCGGCGUGCGACAAGAAGCCGCGGAGUCGAUGCAGCAGGCGGAACAUGCUGCGAGAGGCGAGGCUGUGACCACCGUGAUCACCUAUGCUGAUGACAUACUUAUGCUGGGACAAACACGCGAGGAGUUGCAGGGCAUGAUGAAUGUCAUUUACCUGACGUUCAAGAACUAUGGGCUCACCAUGGCAGGGGACAAGACGGUCAGCAUGUCCUGGAACACGCCUGAGGAGACACGCAACAGCAAGAGCUUGAUCACAGUCGGAGGGGAGGACCUGGGCAAUGUCCGGACCUUCAAGUACCUCGGGCACGUGCUAGCCGACGACCCAAACAAGCCGCAACACAUCACUCAGAAGAUCAGCUCUGCACGGGCAAAGUGGGCGGAAAUAUAG